UAGCAAUGUUCAAGCAACUCAUUUGGUUCAACCCCUGCAUCUCUCGAAACAGCUCAAUUGCUUCGCUAGCUCUACUAUGAUUCGCUGAUCCUCCAAUCAUUCUACUCCAACAAAUACCAUCUCUUUCCGACAUUUUAUCAAACAACUGCCAAGCUUGAUACAUUCUUCCGGAUUGCCCAUACAAAGUCCUCUGCAAAAACCCAUUUCUAUCUGCACAAAAGCGAAACCAUUGAUCAACAAAGAUUGCCACCGAGGUCUCGAUGGAUUUUAUAAUUGUUAGUUAAUAAUACACUGAAUUUCUGUUUCAUUGAUGAUUGAGAGGCAAACAUUAGCUAAGCUCCUGAGGAGCUGUUCAAAAAAUUGGUUUAUUGAUCAAGGACUACAAGCCCAUGCAGCUGUAGUGAAAUUGGGAUAUGGGUUUGACAUGAUGCUAAGCAAUGACCUUAUAGACAUGUAUGGAAAAUGUAGUAGAAUGGACAUUGCUUGUGCUGUGUUUGAUAGAAUGCUUGAAAGAAAUGUUGUUUCGUGGACUGCAUUGAUGUGUGGUCACUUGCAGCAGGGUAAUCCCAAAGUGUCGUUACAGCUUUUUUGUCAAAUGGGGUAUUCUGAUGUUGAUCCCAACGAGUUUACUUUCUCGACAAAUUUUAAAGCUUGUGGGUUUUUGAGUAUUAUUGAGAAUGGAAUGCAAAUUCACGGCAACUGUGUUAGAACUGGAUUUGAAUGGUAUCCUGUGGUGGGAAAUUCUAUUGUGGACAUGUACUCGAGAUGUGGAAGAAUUAGCGAAGCAGAGCGAAUGUUUGAUCUAAUGCCAGUUAGAAGCCUCAUAAGUUGGAAUGUGAUGAUAGCAGGAUAUGCCCUUGAAGGAAUGGGAGACAAAGCAUUACUUUUGUUCCAGAAAAUGCAAGAACAAGGAGAAGUGCCAGACGAAUUUACACUUACAAGCUCUUUGAAAGCUUGUAGUGGUAUUGGUGCGAUUCAGGAAGGAAGUCAAAUUCAUGCUUAUUUGAUCGCAAAAGGAUUCCCGCUCUCUGUUCAGACAAUUAUAGCAGGUGCGCUUGUUGAUCUGUAUGUGAAAAGUGGGCACUUAUUUGAAGCACAGCAAGUAUUUGAUCAAGUUGAACGGAAGAGUGUGAUAUCAUGGACUGCCCUAAUUGUGGGUUAUGGUCAAAAAGGAAAUCUAAUGGAAGCCAUGGAUUUGUUUGGGCAGCUUAGGGAAAGUAGCAUUCGGGUAGACGGUUUUGUUCUCUCGAGCAUGAUAGGCGUGUUUGCUGAUUUUGUUCUGGUAGAGCAAGGGAAGCAAAUGCAUUGUUACACAAUCAAAGUUCCAUCUGGUUUGGACAUAUCGGUAGCCAAUUCAAUUGUUGAUAUGUAUCUGAAAUGUGGGUUAAUAGAGGAAGCAGAAAGUCAUUUCAGUGAAAUGCCUGAAAGAAAUGUGGUUUCUUGGACCGUUAUGAUUACGGGGUAUGGCAAACACGGUCAUGGCAGAGAAGCUAUACAACUCUUCAAGAAAAUGCGGCUAGAUAAUGUUGAGCCUGACGGAGUGACUUACUUGGCUGUCCUCUCAGCUUGUAGCCAUUCUGGACUAAUUGAAGAAAGUCAAGAAUUCUUUUCAAGAUUGUGUGAGGAUUGUCGAAUCAAACCUAGAGUAGAGCACUAUGCUUGCAUGGUUGAUCUACUUGGUCGAGCUGGACGCUUAAAAGACGCUAAGAGACUUAUAGAGAACAUGCCGCUAAAACCAAACGUUGGGAUAUGGCAGACAUUGCUUAGUGCUUGUAGAGUACAUGGGGAGUUGGAAAUGGGGAGAGAAGUAGGAGAAUUACUGUUCAGAUUGGAUGGUAACAAUCCAGUCAAUUACGUUUUGAUGUCAAAUAUCUAUGCUGAUGCUGGCUACUGGAAAGAGCGUGAGAGCGUGAGAGAAUUGGUGAAGUUGAAAGGGUUGAAGAAAGAAGCAGGACAGAGUUGGGUUGAGAUUGACAAGGAGGUUCACUUCUUUUACAAUGGAGAUGAGACGCACCUGCUUACAGAAGAAAUCCAUGAAGUUUUGAAGGAAAUGGAGAGAAGGAUAAAAGAAGAGACGGGUUAUGCUUAUGAAAUGAGAUUUGCAUUGCACGAUGUUGAAGAGGAAUCAAAGGUGGAGAGCUUGAGAUUUCACAGUGAGAAGCUGGCAAUUGGGUUGGCAUUAGUUCACAGUGGGAUACAAAAGGGGGGAAGAAUGAUUCGAGUUUUCAAAAACUUGAGAGUUUGUGGGGAUUGUCAUGAGUUCAUCAAGGGCUUGUCAAGGAUUUUGGACAAGGUCUUUUUGGUAAGAGAUGCCAAUAGGUUCCACAAGUUUGAGGAUGGGUUUUGCUCUUGCAGAGAUUAUUGGUGAUUCGGAUUUGGUUUCUCCAAUGGCUGAAAUGCAACUUUGGGGAAGCCUUGCAGUUUUGCAGACGGAUACAGUCCCAUGUUAAGUAGCAAAGAGAGAAUGAAUAGAAAGCUCAAAAAUUAUAAGAGGUGAGGAAACUUCUCUCAGAUGCCAGUGGUAUUCCUUCUCUCCCUCUCUUGCACAGGUCUGCACAAAUACACACACAAAUCACAUAUGCAUUUCCAUCCUAAGCUCCCAAUUUAUCAGAUCAGAAUAACGUGCUUAUGACUUGGUCUACAACUUAAUUUAUAGUUUUCAAUCCAUUGAAACAGAAGAAUGAUAUUAACGGACCAGAUAUUUAAAGAAAUUUGAUGCUUCAAUGAAAUUGCAAAUAAAUGCCUUGUUUUUAUUCAUGGAUCAAUAUGAUGCUCAGGUGUAAAAAAAAAUUCAAAAUAUAAGAACAAACCAUAACUAAACACCUGUCCACCCCCUUUCAUUGCUCCAUCUUUAAUUGUGUGCAUUACAUUAUAGAUUACCCAUGUAAGAUUUGUCUACUAAUCCAUCUCACACUGAUCAAUAUAUAAAAAGACCAAGAAUAUUGCUUUGAUGUUGAUCAUGGUAAUCUAAGUGGGAAAUAUGUAUGGCUGUAACGUCUAAACUAAAGACUCGCAUCUCUGUAUACUGGUGACAAAAUCAAAUAUAUUUCCUGAGUAUGUUUUGUGCAUUGGUUUGUUCGACUUACUUGUUUUAGAAAUUUGAAUGUCUUUUCCUUGCACAGAUAUAUCUAACUGUCAAGACAUUACGUAUAUAUCAACUCAAUUUUGAUUGCUUUGAUUAAUCAAAAAGGCAAAAGCAUAUUUUCACAUAUAGAUAUCCAUAUAAUUUUACAUAAAAAUUAUAUGAAUAUCUAGUACUAACAGUGCAG